CUGAAAAUUAAGUAAGAUAAUAGUCUUAAGUCUCCUCUAGCCAACUUCUUUAGUUUUUAUUUCUUUCUUUAACAAAAAUAGGCUCAAAUUAGGAUUUCGAUGUGCACCUUUUACAUUAUAUAUCUACACUUUAUUCCCACAUUAUUGUAUAAAUGAACUCCUUUAGGCCUUGAAGAGAACUCACACACCUUAUUUCCACCUUAUAUACAUGAACUUGCUUUAGACCUUGAAGAGAAUUUAAUACAUACAGAGAAACACACACUCCCACACACAGUCUCGAAAAUCCAUGGAUUGGUUCUCCUGGCUCUCAAGAACUGGCCUUGAGCCUUCUCUUGUAUAUGAAUAUGGCCUUGCCUUUUCUCACAAUGAGCUUGAAGAAGAUGACAUAGCUUAUUUGAACCAUGAGUUUCUUCAAAGCAUGGGGAUAUCGAUAGCCAAACAUAGGCUUGAGAUCCUCAAGCUUGCAAGAAAGGAGAAAGGAGCUAGCCCACAUCCCAUGGCGAGAGUUCUUGUGGCUAUCAAGAGGACUAAGAGGAGUUUAUCUAAGUAUAUAAGAGCAUGGAUUCACCGGGAAGAGAAUGCUCUUGUUGUUGUCCCAAGGCCUGGUUAUGCAACUAGAUGGAGAGGAGCAAUGUUGAAGAGGAACAAGAAGUUGAUGAUGGCUACGCAAGGAAGAUUAUUGCUUACAAAUGGAAGUCCUAUGCUUCUUUCAGGACCUAGAUUGGAUAGUUUUUCAAGUCCUAUGGUGUAUGAUCUUAACAAGGAAGAGAAGAAUAUUGAUGGUGAUUAUCAUGAUGAUGGAUAUUGGUCAACUGGUGUUGAAGAGAUCAGGUGGGAUACUAUGUUCCAGAAUCUAAAACCAACUUGAAUUAUUCUAGUUCUUAGUUUCCUUUUUCUUUUUUUAGAGAAGAAAAAAACUUAUAAAUGUUUCUUUUCUUUUUUUUCUUGAUUGUGAUUUCAAUGGUGAGAGAUGGAUUUUUAGGGUUCUUCCACCAAAGAGUCUUGUUCGUGUGUUUAAGAAGAUAUAUUUUCAUUAAAAUUAGUGGUGGCUCAGACAGAGGGCACACUUUGGCAUCAAGGGUCUGUUUCAGUAAUGAGAUUGUCUCCCUUUGGCUUUCUGUGGUGUAUUCUUUUUCUUCUUUUUUCAUCUUUAGCAGAAAAGAAGGCAUACGCUAGUAGUAUUAGUGUCUUUCUGGGGAGACUAAUUGUUUUAGGUACGCAAAUAUUUAGUUGUAUUUCAUAUGCUUUUCCUUUAAGUAGAAAAAAAGAAAAGAGAAAGAAGCCAACUAUUGUCACUUUAAUGGAUCAUUUUGAUUUA